UGCGUGUAUAUUCCUUAAAGGAUGAGUAAAAUGCAAGUAAAUACUUCUCCCCAAGAAAAAGAGAAACUGAGAAAAAGGUUGCAAAAACUUUUUCAAAAUCAAGAAAAUUCAGAAGAGCCUGCAGCCGGUAAGUCUAGCAAAAAGAAACGCCAGCGCAAAAAUAAACAGAGUAAUAAUCAACAAAUUGAAGGACAAAUGGAGCAACAAGUUACAGCUAAUAAAUUAAAACAUAAUAAAACAAAUCCUAAGAAUGUAAAAAAACAACAACAAUCUCAAAAGAAAAGUCCAGCCAUCUCAGACGAGACUUCAAAACAAAAUGGAUUUGUAAAAGCAACUAACCCAGCAACUGGGAAACAAAAUUUAAAUAACUCAGCAAAACAACAAGGUUCUGUGCAGAAGAAAGUUAAAACAAAAGAAGCUAAGUUUCAACAGAAAACAGCUGCCUUAGACAAAAAGACAGCAUGUGAAAGUCCUCAGACAAAAGCCUCCCCCUCGAAGCAGCAAACUAAGUCUCCUAAUGCAAAAACUAUUAGUCCAAAAACGAUUAAUAAAAUUAAAAAGGAAGUGACUGAAAUUUUUCAGAAGAAGAAUAAUAAAAAAUCUUCUGCCGAGAUUAAAAACAAAUCUCAGCCAAAAUCUCAAAAUGCCAGUGUAAAACAACAACAAAGCGAAAAUGUUCCAAAAUCUGGCCAAACUUCAACAUUCAAGCAAAAUAAUUGCACCACAAAUGCUCAGACAAAAGUUAAUAGCAAUCAAAACAAAAAGGCAAAAAAACGAGCUGCCUCUGAAAACAAAUCGCUACAGGAAACUCCAACAACAUCAAAGAAAAAACCCAAAUUAUCUAAAAAAUCUAAUAAAGAAAAAGCCACAACAUCCAAUAAGAAAAUUAAAACCAAAGCUAAGUUAUCUAACUCAUCAUCCUCCCAACUAGAGGAGGAUGAAUUUGCUGGCAUAACAGGCUGCGUACCUGGUGGUGACUUUGAUUCAGACUCUGAAGAGGAUGAUAUGGAACAUAACUAUUGGAUGCAAGAGGAAAAUUAUAGCAGUGAUGAUGAUGAAGAUAAUGCUAGUGAUAGUGAGGUUCAAAAAUUUAAGAAAAAUUCCGAAACAGGACUUGAACAAUAUAAUCACAAUGAAGCAUCUGGCAGCGAAGAGGAAUAUUUCGAUAGUGAGGAUGAAGAUGACGAGUUUGAUGAAUAUUUUGAUGGUGAUGAUUCAGAUGAGGAAGAGGAGGAGGACGAAGAUGAAACAUAUUCUGACUUUGAUGAAAAUGAUUAUGAGGAGGACGAGGAUAGUUACAAUUAUUCCAUGGACAGUGAUGAUGAUGAUGAUUAUUCUUCAAAUUAUAACAACAUGUCAUAUGAUUUCAAUGAAGAUGAGAAUGAUGAUGAAUACAAGUUGCCUAAAAAUAUUCCUGAGGAUUUAAUUAUCCAUAGAGGAACUGCUACCAAACGCGACUUAAAACCCGAUGAUAAUAUAUCCUUUGACAGUGAUAACGAACAGACUCAAAUAGUUGAACUAGAGGUACAGAAUAAUGUUAAAGUGGUACACCAGCCGAAAGCGUAUGAAAGAGAAGAAUUGUUAAAAUUGAAGUACGAAGAGAAAACAUUCCACAAAAAGAAGCCAAUGCCAGCAACAGGAUCAUCAAGUGAAACUGAGGAUUGUCCAAAACUAGUGCCAAUAGUCGAUGAAGAUGGCUUUCAAUUGUACAAUCCAAAUGAAGAAAGCGAGGAGGAAGAACAGGAAGAAAUGGAGGAAGAAGAGGAAGAAUAUGAAGAUGAUGAAGAACAAUCAGAUGAGAAUGAAUCAAUGGAAGAGUAUGAAAAUGAUGAUAUGGAUGAUGUAAGUUUGGGCAGUGAAUAUAUGGAAUUAAAUUCGGACGAUGCUGAUUCUUUGCUAUCAGAAGAUAUCAAUGAAAAGUACUUAAAUAGAGGUCAUGAUGAUAGUGAGAGUGAUUAUAGCAUUGAUGAGGAUAUGUGGAAUAAAAAACACAAAGUUGAUGUUAUUGAUGCUACCGGCUAUAAGUGUGAGAAAAAGACACCUGACUCUAACAAAGAUCACUCUGAUAUAAGUUUAAAUGACGAUAUCAAACAGAUACCUUCACUCAAACUUUAUGAAAAUGUUGAUUUAAAGACUGGAAGUAGUAUUUUAAGUACUACCAUUAUAGAUAAAAAGCCAUUUAAAUCAAUAGAUAAUAUUGAAAAGGAAUUAAGCGUCAAGCCUAAAGAAAUACAAGAAACACAAAAUAAUACAACACAAACGGAAACCUGGCCAGAAGAACCAACAAAAGUAACUGAAAUAUUGCAUCAAGAUGAGAGUAUGGAAGAAUCUGUAGACAACCAAGAUGAGAGUUUGGAAGAAUCUUUAGAUAAUCAAGAUGAGGCUAUGGAAGAAUCUAUAGAAAAACCUGUACAAACAGCUAAAAUUGUAAAGUCUACUACUGCACAAAGUCUUGUAGACUACAAUACAAAAUUCUUUAAUGCUUUCGAUUCUAAUUUGGUGGCGGUUCUACUUAAAGAUCCCUUUUAUAUAUACGGUACUGUACGUUUAACUCUACUUGCUGGCAAAGUAGAAGUGUAUGGUCAUGCUCUUAAAUUAAACACAGAAGUUGAGAUCUUCUCUCCCCGAGGCUGCAGUGUAAUAGAAAUUUCCCCCUCCAGUGUUAACAACAAAAUGUCCAAACAAGACUUAAACACAACCCUAAAAUCCUUUGAGAAACAUUUUGCUUUGGCCGAUUUGAAAACAAUUUCCGAUCUGUAUAAUUCUGAAACAGAUGCUGUAGUUUUGCUAAAACGUAAUGAGGCCAGGAAAAAAGUUGUACAACAAUUUAAGAAAUUCAUGAAUGAAAAUGUUUUUCCCAACAUUAAUAACAUCAAUGUGGAUCGUCCUCUAUAUAACACGGAAUAUUUACUGCGUUGUAUGAUUAAUACUUCUGCACAAGAACAAAAAUGUUUACGUUUGCCCCAACAGUGGCAACAGAUAAAUAUAACACCUAAAUCCAGAGUCAUGUUGACGGGUGGUAAAAGUGUGGGAAAAUCUACUCUUCUAAGGUAUUUGAUUAAUCGUCAUUUGCCACAACAAGUUUUAUUAAUCGAUUUGGAUAUUGGCCAACCAGAAGUGUUUGUGCCUCAAACCGUAUCCUGCACAAUAGUUAAACAGCCGUUGUUGGGUCCCGGUUUCAUGCUUAAUCUGCAACCAGAAAUAUCCUAUGCUGUGGGGCAUACUAACAUAGCUUUGUGUGCCCAUAAGUACAUAGCCGCUGUUCGCAGUUUGAUUGCUCACUGCAAGGCCCAGGAAGAAUAUAAAGACAUGCCCUGGCUCAUAAAUACCAUGGGGUACAAUAAAGGAUUUGGUUUAGAGCUCAUCUCUGUCAUAGCUCAAGAAUUGCCCUUAACCGAUGUUAUACAAUUACAAAGUAGGAAGGAGAUUAAAAAUUUUGACUGCAUUUUACAUGCCCAUGUUUUAAGCAACGUGCCACGCAUUAUGUUUUCGCUGGAAAGCAGUGCUGACGAAAUCGUGAAUGUUAAACUAAAUUAUCGUUUACAUGUUUGGCAAUCGGCUGUAGAACAAGAGUCGCGUUAUCAAAAGGAAUGGGAAAUGAGUGCCAAAGAUUUGCGUUUUGCCAUGCUACUGGCUCGCUUAAGUGAAGCUCUACAAGGACACGCUGAAUGGUUAACAGACAUUAAGCCUCUCAGCGCUUCAUUAAACAAUUUAAAAAUUGUCAAUCUUAUGGUUAAUGCCGCUGAGGCCUCUACGGAACAGCUGGCUAAAUCCGUAGAAGCUAAUCUAGUCUAUUUGUGUCAUCAUCAGGAAGACAAUAAUCCUUUAAAAUGCCUAGGCAUUGGUGUUGUAAGAGCCGUCGACUUGCAUGUCCAGCAAUUGUAUCUUAUACCCGCUAUACCUUAUACUCAAUUGAAGGAGAUCAACUGUGUGGCUAUAGGAGAAAUGCCUUUACCCUCAUCACUAUUUACCAAUCAAGGUUCCACAGUCAAAAAUACUGCUCCAUUUGUUUACAACACAAUUGCAGCCAAUGCUUCUAAAGCCAUUAAGCAAAUCUAUCAUCGUCCACGUAAAUUUCUGACGGGCAAACACAAAUCCUUAAAUUAAGUUCCUUUUUUUAAACAAUUUAGUUAUUUCUUUUUUUGUUUUCUUUUUGUAAGAAAUAAAUUUAUUAUUAAUUUAUUAAAGAAAAGUCAGUCGUACACUUGC